UUUCUAGACAGCCGUUUUUAUGACGUUGAGGUCCAUCUCUGCUCAGUGUCAUUGGUGAAUGACCGACGAUGUCUUCCUGCAGGUUGUUUGCCCGGCUGCUCCUGCAGCAAACAGGGGUCAGGCAUUGUUAUACUGCUUCAAGGAAGCAUCUGUACAUUGACAAAAACACCAAGGUCAUUUGCCAAGGCUUCACUGGAAAGCAGGGGACCUUCCACAGCCAGCAGUCUCUGGACUAUGGAUCACAGUUAGUGGGAGGAGUAUCCCCCGGCAAGGGGGGCAAGACCCACUUGGGCCAGCCCGUCUUCAACUCUGUGAAGGAGGCCAGAGAGGCCACUGGAGCCGAUGCCACGGUGAUCUACGUCCCUCCGCCCUUUGCGGCGGCGGCCAUCAUUGAGGCCAUCGAUGCGGAGGUGCCGCUGGUGGUGUGCAUCACAGAGGGCAUCCCCCAGCAGGACAUGGUGAAGGUCAAACACAGGCUACUGCGCCAGGGCACCACCCGCCUCAUCGGGCCCAACUGCCCAGGUGUCAUCAAUCCUGGAGAAUGCAAGAUUGGAAUCAUGCCAGGCCACAUUCACAAGAAAGGAAGAAUUGGCAUCGUGUCCAGGUCUGGCACCCUCACAUAUGAAGCUGUGCAUCAGACCACGCAAGUUGGCCUGGGGCAAUCUCUCUGUGUUGGAAUUGGUGGCGAUCCUUUCAAUGGCACCAACUUCAUUGACUGCUUGGAGGUGUUCCUGCACGACCCAAAGACAGAAGGCAUCAUUCUGAUUGGCGAGAUCGGAGGGAAUGCAGAGGAGAUGGCUGCCGAGUACCUGAAACAGCAUAACUCUGGACCUAAGGCCAAACCCGUGGUGUCCUUCAUCGCUGGCCUCACCGCCCCGCCCGGCAGGAGGAUGGGUCACGCCGGCGCCAUCAUCGCGGGGGGCAAGGGUGGAGCCAAAGAGAAGAUCGCAGCGCUGCAGUCAGCCGGAGUGGUCGUGAGCAUGUCACCUGCUCAGCUGGGAAGCACUAUGUUUAAGGAGUUUGAGAAGAGGAAGCUGCUUUAAUAAGCUCUAUGAGAAGGUGGAAAAAAGAACCCUCUGGGAAAAAAAAGAAGACCCCAACCACCAUCAGAAGGCAUACCCUUAUGAAAUAUACUUCACCAUGCCUCCAAUCACAAUCUACACAGUGUUAUGUCUUUCAGUUCAUACUGUAAUCUUGUAUCUCUUAUCCAGAGGGGGCAACAUAUGCUAAAUAAUAAUUUUCAUUGACCAACAAUGACCAGCACCUGUACAGCACAGUGAUUAUAUGUGUAGAGAAAACCCAUUUCACUAAGUCCGUGUUCACUCUACAGUGCUUUCUACAAUGUGAGGUCAGUCCUCUGACCAGCUGCGUGGCAUUGUUUUUAUUUGCUCUCACUGGUCCUUUGUCAUGAACCGAGAUUGUCCUGACAAUACAUUUUCUUUUGUUCCAA